GCUGCAGAAAUGGCUGCUUUCCCAAUUCUCAUCAUUCCAUGACCCAACAACAGGAAGAAGAAGAUGAUGAUAAUGGGAUCAUCAGGGCAUUCCCUCUUUGCUUUCCUGUCUCUUAUACUUCUUGUUCAAGCUCAAGAUCAGUCAGGCUUCAUUAGUUUAGACUGUGGAUCACCUGAGGGUACGAGUUAUACCGAAAUGACGACCAAUAUUAACUACAUUUCUGAUGCAUUCUACAUAAAUAGCGGCGUAAGUGAAAGCGUAGCUUUAGCAUAUGGAGAUACCAAUCCAAGGCAAUUGAGGAAUCUUAGAAGCUUCCCUCAAGGAGUCAGAAACUGUUACAAUGUAAGCAUUGUAAAGGGGACUAAAUACUUGAUUCGAGCGAGUUUCUUGUACGGGAAUUAUGAUGGCCUAGAUUUGCUACCGAAAUUUGAUCUAUAUGUUGGAAGUAGCUUGUGGGAGACAGUAAACAUCACUGACAAAGGCAUGGAUGUUUUCAAAGAUCUCAUACAUAUGACCUCCUUAAAUGAAGUUCAUAUGUGUCUGAUCAAUACAGGAAAUGGGGUGCCCUUUAUUUCAGCAUUAGAAUUUAGACCUCUACUCAACAUCACUUAUCAAAGAAAGUCGGGAUCCUUAUCGCUCUUCUCUCGAAUGGACAUCGGUUCAACAGAUAAUCGAGCAUACAGAUUCUCUUUUGAUGUUUAUGAUCGCAUCUGGUCAUCAUUUGAGGACAAUGUGUUGACAAGAGAAAGCACCAAUCUAACUGUAGAUGCUAUUCGGCGUGACGGUUACCAAAUGCCAUCCGUUGUCAUGAAAACUGCUUACACUCCAAUGGGAAUUGGGUGGGAAGCAAUGGAAUUUGGAUGGGAGACAGUAGAUUCAUCUCAAUAUUAUGUAUUUCUGCACUUUGCUGAAAUUGUUAAGCUUCAACCCAACCAGAGCAGAGUCUUCAAUAUCACUCACAAUGGGAAUCAUUUUUAUGGACCACUAAUUCCAAGUUAUUUGUCCACACAAACUGUUUCUAGUGAAAAUCCAUUGGAUGCAGCAGAUAGUCAUAUAUUUUCUUUCAUUCCAAUCGAGAACGCGACACUUCCUCCAAUCAUCAAUGCAUUAGAGAUAUACUCAGUGAAAGAUAUAUCAGAAUUAGAAGCAAACCAAGGAGAUGUGGAUGCCAUUACCAACAUCAAGUCAACUUAUGCGAUAAAUAGGGACUGGCAAGGAGAUCCGUGUGUGCCAAUGGGAUAUCCCUGGAGUGGAUUACAUUGUAGCAAUGAAACUGCUCCAAGAAUCAUAUCCUUGAACCUAUCUGCAAGUGAACUGACAGGUGAAAUAUCUUCUUACAUAUCAAAUCUAGCAAUGUUGCAAACUUUGGACUUGUCUGACAAUGAGUUAACUGGAGAACUGCCAGAAUUCUUAGUAAAUUUGCCAAAUUUAAGAACCCUUAAUUUAACCAAAAACAAGUUCACAGGCUCAGUUCCUAAGGCUCUAUUGCAAAGGGCUGAAGCUGGAUCACUUACAUUAAGUGCGGAUGAAAAUCCAGAUCUUUGUACAUCACUGAAAUGCCAUAACAAGUGGAAGAAGUACUUGCCUCUUAUGAUUCUCUCCACUAUUAUAGCUCUCCUCCUACCUAUCCUAAUGGUUACUCUGAUAUUCUACAAAAAGAGAAAACAAAGAGAGAAUCUCAAAAGAUCGGUCGAAGAAAGGUUUCUGAAAUCGAAGAAUCGACAAAUUCAGUACUCUGAGAUACUAGCCAUUACAGAUAACUUGAAGACUACUAUUGGGGAAGGAGGAUUUGGAAAGGUAUACUUGGGUGUACUGAGUGAUAAAACUAAAGUUGCUGUUAAGUUGCUGUCUGGAUCAUCACAGCAAGGCUCUAAUGAAUUCAAAGCAGAGGCUCAAAUAUUAACAAUUGCUCAUCAUAAAAAUCUGGUUUCUCUCAUUGGUUACUGUGAUGAGGCUGAGAAUAAGGCACUUGUUUAUGAAUUCAUGGGUAAUGGAAAUCUACGCAAUCAUCUAUUGGAUUCAAGCACAAAGGUGUUGAGUUGGAUGGAAAGACUCCAAAUUGCAGUUGACGCAGCACAAGGGUUGGAAUAUUUACACAAUGGUUGCAAACCACCUAUAAUUCACAGAGAUAUGAAGACUUCUAAUAUCUUAUUGAAUGAUAAAAUGCAAGCUAAAAUAGCAGAUUUUGGACUGUCCAGGGUAUUUUCAAAUGAAGAUGAUACUCAUAUCUCCACGUGCCCCGCUGGAACCUUUGGAUAUGUCGACCCUACGGUUCAUUUAUCUAAAAACUUCAUCAAGAAAAGUGAUGUUUACAGCUUUGGGAUCGUCUUGUUUGAGCUGAUCACCGGGCAACCCGCCAUAAUCAAGAGCUCUGAGAACAACAUCCACAUAGUCGAUUGGGUUAAGCCUCUGAUUGCUGAAGGGAACACUCAAAACGUCGUCGAUCCGAGGUUAGGAGGCUCCAUAGAAAGCUGUUCUGCUGGGAAAUUUGUGGAACUUGCUCUAUUGUGUACAUUGCCAACUUCUGCAGGAAGGCCUGAAAUGAGUGAUGUGGUGUCACAACUCAUUGAGUGUUUAAAGAUGGUUCAAGAUAGAGCCCCACAUAUAUCACCUAAUAAUGUUGAGAAUUUCUCACAUAGUUCAAAUUGACUAUGAAUUAGAUCUUUGUUCCAUAUAGCAAUCAAACAAAUUCUCUUCAUAU